UCCGUCUUGUGUGCAACGUUUUAAAACGCGCCGCGAACAAUCACUAGUAUGAUGACUCUGGACUUGAUGGAAGGCUGCUGUUCCGGCGGCAUCUUCCGACCAGCAUUACGCUCGAAUACGGUGGGCUGCGGCAAAGCCAACUAUAGGACCCGUUUUUUCCCGUCCGAUUUAUACGAGGUCAAUCUAUCUGCGCUGUAGGCUGAACCUAUGAGAAUGGCUGAUGGCCACUGUUUUGUUCGCGGCGCCGGCCUCCGGUCGCCACCGUUGGACCACAGCCCUUCCCCAAGACACGCACAUGCCACGUUGUGUCACGGAAACAAGCGAGAUCCCGACACCCAAUAUCUGUCCCAACCCGAUCUUCCACACGUCGAUGGCUCAUGCCCUCGGGUUCGGGCCGCAUCGUCGUGUCAACCCCCGACAACCGAUUGGGGUUGCCGGGUGACGGUGGGAUUCAGACCCUGUCGCCUUGAGACUGGCGCCCGGUGCCUCUGCGACCUGGCGCACAUGUGCAUUGUACGUCCUCUAAUUGUACCGAGGACGCCCUCCCUUCCCUUCUGCGACAUGUCUUCGCUCAUGGGUUCACGAUCAAAAGACCUCUGGUGCCACUGGACUUUGACAUUGAGCUUUUCAUGUCUCCAGCAAAUGCGAAUGCCGAUAACUAGCAACUGUGCUCUUCUGUCAGUCGGAGGUCAUGGUCUGGGCCACCGAGUAGGGAGUACAUGUGGCAGGUCGGUGGUCUUCAGGACAAGGGUGUGUCAACCCGUGCUGCAUCGGCAACUACCACGAUCAUUCCUCAGUGUCUCAAUGGCCCAGAGACUAAGUAUAUCGAGUGUACCGGAACUCAUUUCGAGGGUCGAGAGUCAGUGGAUUAGGCAUCCAAGAUUGGCAGCCGCGACGAAAACACGCGUACAAGUCGGUUUACGGUGUGUAAUCGAUAUCCACAUACGCCGGGCCCGAUGGCGUUUGCCAACCGGUCGCCAGGCCACGGCCGUUCAUGGUUGCUAGGUCGGUGUAAUACACCUUGCUGAAUUGACCCUGCGAGAUCUGAUCUACACCGACUUCGGCCGCCGUACACCACAAGCUUGGCUGCUUCAACGUGCCGCUCCCGCUUUGUCCUCGUUUGGUGGGAAGCCUUGCGUCAAGUGUUUCUUCCUCCGGCUCUCGCGCGGGGGUUCUGUGUCACCUGUGAAGGUGAUGGGUCCGAGCCAAGAUACUUGUACCCUCA